GUAAAACCCAGAAUUACUUCUCCCUUGAAGCUCUCUUUAAUUCUACCUAACCUUGGUUUUCCUUCUUUCUUUCUUUUUUUUUUUAUAUUUUAUUUUAUUGUAUAUGAAAUAUAUUGAAGUUACUUUCUUCAUUGUUCCACUUUUUAUUCUCUUCAGGGCCAUUCUUGAAUUUUUACAGUUUAUGCUAAAAUUUUAAUCACGAAAAUUCACAGCUGUUCAGCGAUUGUGUUUCUUGAAAAUUUUACUGUUCUUUACUCUUUUGGGCUUGAUUUCUUGAAGAAAUUAUGGCUACAUUAGCCCCAGGAAUUUUAUUGAAGCUACUAAAUGGGAUGAAUUCAGGGGUCAAGCCCACGAAUGAGCAUAGGAGUUCACUUUUGCAGGUUACUGAUAUCGUCCCUGCAGAUCUUGAUGAGAAGAAUCUUUGGCCCAAGCACGGGUUUUUCAUCAAGGUUUCAGAUUCUUCACAUUCGAUUUAUGUUAAGGACCUUUUGAUCGUGCAAAUUAGUGUAGGAAGACAUCCAUUAGUUGGCACUCUGAACCUAAUGGGGUUAAGAGAGAAGGGAGAGAAAUUUGAGCAGAAAAUCAAUCCUAAAUUUUCUGCUCCAAGAAGAGGGUCUUGGGGUACAGGGCCAAAUGGGACAGAUGCAGCUGCUUCUUCACCCCUGGUUUUAAAGCCAGUGCCUUUGGAUUUCGAUCAAUGUACACCAGUGAAAGACAAGCCCAAUUCUGUUAAAUCUGGGGGCAAUUUUCCAAUGUCCCCGGUUAUUCGAGGCAGAGCGAAGGAUGGAACUGCAAAUUCAGCCGUAAGAUCAUCUGUUGGUGGUGCCCUGUUGUCCAAAAUGAUGGAUUCAAAAGGAGAAACCCCUUCGUUGGUUCGAAAAAGCUGUUUUACCCCUUCAAUGCUAAAAUUUCCCAGGAGCAAAAGCGUCUGCGAUAGAGAACAGAGGAUACCAAAAAGUCCCUUCAACUCAGCUGAAAAGAAAAGUUCAACUCCGCCCCCAAAUUUAAGGAAUGCAAGACAAGCAGCUUUUCCCCAUGUUGGUGGAGAUGCACAGAAAAUUUCUGUACCGGCACAAUCACAGUCUCAUGAUUCAGCCUCCAAUAGUACCAGUCUUCCCAUGAAUUUACCCGGAAAGCUUAGCAUGCUCGGGAAGGAAGCUAUGCAACAAAGGGAGGCGGCCCAGAAGAUAGCACUUCAAGCACUAAGAGAUGCUUCAGCCACUGAAAAUCUCGUUCGAUAUCUGAAGAUGUUUUCAAACCUGAACAAAUCUGCUAGGCCAGAUGCUCCAUCACGCUGUUUUGAUCAGUUUCUCGAGUUUCAUAACCAGAUUGCUCAAGCAAUAGCAGAAAUGGUGUCUAUUCAAGCAGCGAGUGAAGUUGCUCAAGCGCCAACCGUAGAAUCAAAAGAAAAUGGUGAAAAUUGUUCUGAAGAAAAGACCCCAAUUUUGCAUGAAAUAAUGCACAAUGUAGACCAAUCCCGGAACUCAGAGUCAACUGCCUCUAAAAGAAGAGCUGCACUUUACAAAUCAAUUGCUGUCUUUCCAGAAAGAAGUGAUCAGAAAUCAAUUCUUGGGAAGCAUUUGAGAUCAUCAAUUCUCAGCCAGAAAGUGUCUUCGGAGAGAAAAUGUUCGUCAGAGAAUGAUGAAAACAGGAAACCUGUUGCUGCUGCCGCUUCUGGCAGCAGCAGCCUAUCCAAUACAAUCAAAUUGGGAAGGCAGAUAGAGACAGAAGCAGGAAACUGGUUUAUGGAUUUUCUAGAGAAAGCUUUGGAAAAAGGCCUGAAGAAAUCAAAAGCAGAAAAGGAAAUGGACGCUUCCAAAGUUCCCCAGUCACUUAUAUUAAAAGUUAUCAACUGGGUAGAGGUGGAGCAGAGUGACCCUAGCAAGCGGCCGGUGCAUCCCAGAGCAGCUCAUAUAGCUAGGAAGUUGAGGAUCAAGAUGAAGAACCCUUGAUUGUGGAUUGAGCAGAUUAACUAAAACAAUUUACAAUUUGGAUGACUUGCCAAUAUUUUCAGGAUUUGUUAAUAUUUUCUUAGAUGCAAAUAUUAAUUUGUUUAUUAGAAACUGGUGAUUCCAUUGUUUAAUUGAGACGCAAGUUGUUCUUACGUCAGCCAAAGGAUUCAUGGGAAUAUGUUUUUCUGUAAGUUCCA